CAGCAUGCUAUCUAGAAUUGCUCGUCUCAAGUUUUUGCGUGCAUUAUCUUUGGCAAAAAGUUGGCGGGUCAAAAAAAUAAAUAAUGGUAUUACCAAUUUAAAGCACUUGCGUUAUUUAGAUCUUUCACAGACUUCCAUUACAAGGUUACCAAAUUCAAUGUGCUCGAUGAUCAAUCUACAAACAUUGAAAUUGAAAGGUUGCUAUAAUUUGAAAAUGUUGCCGCCAAAAUUACACAAAUUGAUCAACUUACGUCAUCUGGACUUGGAAAAUAGUGGUAUAAUAAAGAUGCCCAAAUAUAUGGGAAAGUUGAAGCAUCUCCAAACAAUGACACAUUUUUUUGUGAGAAAAGAUGAAGGUUCUCGUUUAAAUGAAAUAGGAGCCUUGAAUCAUUUGAGGGGCAUAUUAACCAUUUCAAAUCUUGCAAAUCUACAUGAUCUUGAUACAGGGAGAGAAGCAAAAUUGAAAGAAAAGUGUUUGGAUGGAUUGAAUUUAAAUUGGGGACGAGUGGUAAACUGUGAAAUGUCACAAAAACAAGAGCAAGUAUUGGAGGCGUUGGAGCCAAAUUGUAGCUUAAAGGAGCUCACCAUUAGAUACUAUGGGGGCACUUGAUUUCCGAACUGGCUUGUUGAUCCUGGUUUACCCAAUUUAGUGUCUUUGCAUUUGUAGGAUUGUAAAAAUUUUGUGAGCUUGCUAAUGCUAGGACAACUACCUUUCCUUGAGAGACUUAAGAUUAAGGGAUUUGAAGGAAUAAAGGUGAUCGGCCAAGAGUUUUAUGGGAAUGCCUCCUCCAGUGCUCCAUUUCGGUCACUUGCAUAUUUACAUUUUGAGAGCAUGGAAGAAUGGGAGGAAUGGAACAUAUGUUAUGAGGGCGACAGUUUCCCAUGCCUUGAAGAACUUUUCAUAUGGGGAUGUCCAACAUUGACAAUGUCCCUACCUCAGCACCUUCCUUCUUUGAAAAGACUAUAUAUUUCUAGAUGCCAAAAUCUGGAGACUUUGCUUCCUAAGUCCCCUGUCCUCGAAACGAUAGUUUUAGGAGAGUGUGUGAAGAUUUCAAUGAAGCAUAUGCCGACAUGGAGCUCCACAGAAACCCUUCCACCUCUUCAUGUCCUAACUUUAAUAAAUUGUCCAAAGAUGGAAUCACUCCCACAAGGAGGUUUGCUUUCACAUCUGCAUUAUCUUAGAAUUAGAAAAUGCCCAAAAGUGAUUGCUUCUCGUAAGGCUUGGGGUUUGCAUGAGCUGCUAUCUUUGAAAGAAUUUGCAGUUGGUGAUGACUUUGAAGAUGUGGAAUCCUUCCCAGAGGAAGGAUUGCUGCCACCCAAUCUCCACUCUCUUGUAUUCAUCGGAUGCUUAAAAUUAAAAACAAUAAAUUACAGGGGCCUUCUCCACCUCCAUUCUCUUACAUCCUUGGCGUUUUGUAAAUGCCCAAGUCUAAGCUUCGAAGACAUGCCAGAGCAAGGCUUACCCAGAUCCCUUUCCGAUUUACGUAUCAGUUAUCGUUGUCGAUUGCUUAGGCAGCGGUGUCAAAGAGAGAUAGGACCCGAUUGGCCCAAAAUUUCUUACAUCCCUCGCAUCAUAAUAUAUGAUGAACAGCAACGCGUAGAGUUUUAAAGGUACGUUUUGUAAAUUACAUCCACAUAUUUUUGUAUCUGAUAAUUUUAAUUUCCUGCCUUCAUCUAUUCACUCAACAACUUCUCGCUUAUCUUUAUUUUUUGUCGACAACACAUGACAACUAAUUUCGCUCCAGAAACUUGCUGCGCUUUUCAAUCAAGCAUUUUCUAAUAGCAAAGGCUCAUGAGAACUGCUUCAUAACUUCACAUGUUGCUGGAGUUGUUUUCCCUGCGUUUGAUCUAGACCUCUCUUCUCUUGGGAACAUUGCCUAAAGGCUUCAAGGUAUUUCGUCAAAGAGAGAACAAAGGACCGCACCCAAUUUUAAGCAGAAAUAGGAAGCUGUUCUGUUGUAAUGUUUGAGAUUUCAAAGCCUACAUUCAAUUUGCAAAUUCGAAGAGCUACUUUGUGAAGGGUUUCGUUUGCAAGGUGGCAAGCAGAUUUUCAAAGAGUUUGAAGAGGGGAACAUCUUAGAGAAAUGAGUGGAAGAAUGAAUUAGAAGUGUAAAUUAAAUAAUUAAAUGAAGAAAGAAAUUUGGUGAGGAAGCAUCCUCCUUUCAAAUUUGUUAUUGUCAUAAGAUUUGUUUCUCCUUAUUACAACCCUAGUUUUUGUUUGGCAUAUAGAGUAAUAACUUGGAAGCCUUCGCGAUCCAUGACUACUGCAGGAAAGAAGUCAGUUGACGAGCAUCAACUCAACAAAGGAGUGAGAAAGAAAAAUAAAUGAAAUUUUCAGAAAUUUCAACAAUGCCAAAUGUCAAAAGGUACAUGACUAUACAUCAGAAGAGUCUCCCUAUUGUUAGAAGGCAAGAUAGAUUUUAGUGAGUCGGUAUUUCUUUCUGUUCUACUUCUGCUUUUAGUUUUUAUAAUCUUUUCUUUUAUCUUGUUGUAAGAUUAAAAAUUUUGUGAAUUAGAAUUGUGUUUCUAUGAUCAUGGUCAUGAAGUUAUAGGUCAGGUGUAUAAAUAGAACGAUGCUAAGUUGUGGUUUGUACAUUUUGUUUCUAUUGUU